CUGAUUUCUUAUUCCUGCUUUUCGCUUCCAGUUUUAAAACACAAAACCACCCACUGGACCUUCCACCAUCAUCAACUACCUAUUCCUAAUACUCCGUAUAAUAAUAAUAUGGUGAUUGUUUUGGAAUAUUUCUCGGAAACCAGGAACUACACUAGCAGCAGCUCUAGGGGGGAGGAAGGUGAUAUAGGAGGAAGGUAUACAUAUGAAGAACGUGCCAACGACGAUGAAGAUGACAGUGAUAAUGAAAGUGAGAAUGAGAGUGUGAGUGACCGUGAGAGUGUGAAUUAUGAGGGUGAUGAAAGUGAGAAUGAGAGUGAGAAAGACGAUGACAAUGACAAUGACAAUGAGAAUGACCGUGAGAGUGUGGAUGACAAUGACGAUGAGAGUGUGGAUGAAAAUGACGAUGAAGGUAGUCCCAGUACCCCUAUAAUCAGUGAUGAUAGCAUGGACUCCGACUCCGACUCCGACUAGUGGCUCCCCGCCUAAAGUAGCAGCAGAAGCACACUGCAGCGGCCUCUCGUCUGGGCAACUAAUGAGAGAGUUUUAGGGGAAGGGGUAUAUAUUGUACUCCGAUCCAUAUGCGUGUUAAGUUUUAUUGUGUCAUGACUACAUGAUUUAUUUUAUUUCUGUUUAGUACUCCGUAAUUGUUGUUUGAGAAAAGGACAAUUCUACCGUCCUUAACUUCUUACUUCGUAUAUUGUUGUUGUUGUUAUUGUUGUUGUUGUUGUUGUUGUUGUUGUUGUUGUUG